AUGCCCAGCUCCACGCUGGCUGGGGAGAUCCCCUGCACGGCGCUUCAGAGCGACACGACCGGGAAGCUGGGCUUCGAGGAGUUCAAGUAUUUGUGGGGGAACAUCAAGAAGUGGCAGUGUGUCUACAAACAGUACGACACGGACCGAUCCGGCACCAUCGGGAGCAGCGAGCUGCCAGGCGCCUUCGAGGCAGCGGGCUUCCGGCUGAACGAGCAGCUGUACCAGAUGAUCGUGCGCAGGUUCUCGGACGAGAAUGGCCACAUGGACUUCGACAACUUCAUCAGCUGCCUGGUUCGCCUGGACGCCAUGUUCCAUAAGUGGCCUGCGGUGCCUAGUGCCAUGAUGGGCCCCUACGUGCUACCGUAG